CAUAAACAAGGUGCGAUAAAGCGUUGCGGUGUCACACUACAUGUGUUACCUCGCCAAGUAGUGUAUUGUUUUCGCUUUCCUUCUGCUUGAUUCGUUUGGAAAAUUUAAUAUCCGUCUGUUCUCUGUGUUCCUAGAUCAAUUUCUCUGGAAAUACGUCUAAAAAGGCAGUGAAUUGUGGAGUGUUUAAAAAAUAUAAGAUGAGUUUUAUUUGACAAAAUGGCGGACAGGUAUUUACCUGUGUAAAAGACAUUUACACGAUUGUAUUGGUAAUCGCCAUGUAAAAAGGAGGAAUUUUUAUCUCGAAUUGCUUCUAAUUGUCAUGUUUAUGCCUUAUUCCGAAUGUCUUCAAAUCAAUGAAAUCGGAUUGAAUGAAGCGAGCGGAGACCCGACCCCCGGGCCCCCCUCGUCAGGGAGGCAAACGUCAGUCUGGUGAUGACACACAGGCUCAGGGCUCUUCAUCACAACCUUUCCAUCGCUCACAUGCCAUAAGGGGACCACCAUCACCGAGGUCUAGAGAACCACCCUCCCCAAGAACACCACCAUCUCCAAUCUCUCACCAAGCCAAUCGCCACCCCACAGAUUACACCAAUCAUGCUGCAGUAAGCACAAGACAACCCUCAUCCUCUACCUCAGACAGCCAGUCCUCUUGUGGACCUCGUGGUGCCAACCAAACCUUAUAUCUGCAAAAGAUCCGAGAAAGCUCUGAAGCUGUGAACAGUGGAGAUUUCCGGAGAGCUGUCCAACUGUACACAGAAGCUAUCCAACUCGAUCCUUCCAACCAUAUUCUGUUUACAAACAGGUCAGCAGCAUACUGCAAACUGAGGCAGUUUCACAAGAGUCUAGAAGAUGCCAAACAGGCCAAACAGCUCAACCCGAAGUGGGCAAAGGCCUACCUACGGGAGGGGGUAGCACUACAGAACUUAGGACAACAUGGAGAAGCACUGGCUGCGUUUGGGGCGGGGCUGGCCCAGGAUGCUAACAACACCAAUCUUAUAACGGGACUCAUCGAUGCUGCUCUCAAGUCCCCUCUCAAAGACAAACUUGGACCAACAUUUAACCAGUUGCAGAAGUUGAAGUUGAAUCAGAGUGCUUUUGUGAUCAUCUCUGUGAUUGGUCAGGAGCUUUUGGCAGCGGGCCACUACAGCGCUGCAGUGUCUAUGCUAGAGGCUGCACUGCAGAUAGGAACAUGCAGCCUAAAGCUUCGAGGAUCGGUCUUCUCUGCCCUCAGCAGUGCCUACUGGGGGCUAGGGAGCAUAGACACCGCCAUCUCCUACAUGCAGCAUGAUCUCUCUGUGGCCAAGUCUCUUGGUGACCAUGAUGGGGAGUGCCGAGCCUAUGGUAACCUGGGGUCAGCGUACUUCUCCAAAGGUCACUACAAGGAGGCGUUGUCCAAUCACAGAUACCAGCUGGCACUGGCGAUGAAACUGAAACAACGCCAAGCAGCCGCAUCAGCUCUGGGAAGUCUGGGACAUGUUUAUACUGCCAUCGGAGACUACCCCAAUGCUCUACAGAGUCACAAACAGUGUCUGUUCCUGAUGAAACAGAGCGGUGACAAACUCCAAGAGGCAAGGGAGAUCGGCAAUGCUGGAGCAGUGUACCUCGCAAUGGGAGAAUUCAGUAGUGCGGUGGAAUGUCAUAAUAAACAUUUACAAAUUGCCAAAAAUUUGAAAAAUAGUGUGGAAGAGGCAAGAGCGUAUAGUAAUUUAGGAAGUGCAUUCCAUUACAAAAGGGAUUAUCAGAAAGCAAUAUCAUAUCAUAGACAGGUUCUUCAGAUAGCAGAAGACAGGCAGGAUAAGACCCUGGAAGCCAGGGCUUAUGCUGGUCUUGGUCAUGCUGCUCGAUGCAUGAUGGACUAUGAAAACGCAAGGAAGUACCACGAGAAACAGCUGGACAAUGCUUUACAGACAAAAGACAAAGUGGCUGAAGGACGCGCUUGUUCUAAUUUGGGAAUUAUUUUUCAUCAGCUUGGCCAGUUUAACUCGGCUUUAAAACUUCAUCAAGUGCAUCUUCGCAUUGCAAAGGAGCUCGGUGAUAAUGCUAGUCAAGGACGUGCCUAUGGAAACCUGGGAAAUGCAUACUGUGCUUUGAAAAAAUACGAGGAGGCUGUGAAAUAUCAUAAACAGGAAUUACAAAUUUCUUCCCAAGUGAACGAUCGUCAUUCAGAAGGAGCAACUCAUGGGAACCUUGCGGUGGCUUAUCAAGCCUUGGGGAUGGUAGAUAAAGCCCAGUUCCAUUAUUCCACUCAUCUUAAUAUUUCCAAGGAACUCAAGGACACUCCCAGUGAAGCCCGGGCUCUGUGUAACUUAGGAAAUUUUCAUAGUUCAAGGGGAGAUUACUCUAGUGCUGUGAGAUUCUAUGAGCAAUAUCUUAUGUUAUCACAGGAGCUACAUGAUUCUGAAGGUGAAGCCAAGGCUUGCUUUAAUCUUGGAUAUGCUCACUUUGCUCUAGGCAAUCACCUAGAGGCAGUGAGAUACUAUGAACAGGAUAUGUCAAUAGCUCGGGAAUUAAAAGACCAACUGGGCAUGGCCCGGGCAUAUUGUAACUUGGGCCUUGCCCACAAAGCUUUACAUGACUAUCAGGAAUCCUUAGAGUGUCAAAGAAAUAGCUUAACUAUCAUGAAAGAAAUCAAAAACACUAAAGGAAUUUUCCGAGCCUUGGGAAAUAUCGGUGAUGUGUUGUUGAAAAUUGGUAAUGUGAAUGAAGCCAUUGCUAUAUACAAAGAACAGCUACAAAUGGCCAAAAAAUCAAGCAGCAAAGAUCUUAUAGCAACAGCAUUUGGUGCACUGGGUGCAGCCCAUAGGAAUCUUGGACAGUAUGACAAAGCUCUUGGUUACCACACCCAGGAGCUUAGCAUACGACAGGACAUGGACGAUCGUCGUGGUGAGUGUAGAGCUCAUGGGAACCUUGGAAACGUUCACAUGUCUCUGGGACAUUACAUGGACGCUUUCAAGUGUUAUGAGGAACAGUUAGAGAAAGCUAGGGAGCUACAAAAUAGCUCUCUAGAAGCACAGGCCUCUGGAAAUCUUGCAAUAACCAAAAUGAACAUGAACUGCUUUGAGGAUGCAAUAGGACUAUUCGAGCAGCAGUUGGCCAUGUUAGAACAAGUCAGCUGUGCGGCUUCAAUAUUCGACAAAGGACGAGCCCUUGGCAAUCUUGGUGAUUGCUACGAGGCUCUUGGAGACUUUGAUGAGUCUGUGAAAUGUCAUGAACAGUAUCUUGCAAUUUCUCAGCAAGCUAACAGUUUGUCAGAUCAGGACAAAGCAUACAGGGGACUGGGCAAUGCUCACAAAAAUGUGGGCAACCUUCAACAGGCCUUGGUGUGCUUUGAGAAGAGGCUUGUGGUAGCUCAUGAACUCAACAGUAGCUCGGCAAAAGCAUCGGCCUAUGGUGAGCUAGGCUGCUUGCAUAGCCUUCUGGGUAACUUUGAGCAGGCUAUUUCCUGUCUGCAGCACCAGCUGACCAUUGCCCAGGAGAUGGGAGACAGGAGGUGUGAGAGUGAGGCUGCUUGUGGUUUGGGAGGAGUUUAUCAGAGCAUGGGAGAUUACGACAAGGCCCUAGAGUACCAUCAGAUGGACCUACAGAUAGCUGAACAGACACACAACUCCACUUGCCAAUGUCGAGCCUAUGGAAAUCUAGGUCUGACUCAUGAAUCACUAGGAAACUUCGAGGAUGCAAUACAGUACCAAGAGCAACACCUGAGUAUAGCCGCUCAGCUAAAUGACAGGGUGGCUAAAACACUGGCUUACAGCAGUCUGGGUCGUGUUCACCAUGCACUCAAUAACCAUUCACAAGCCGUCGAGUACCUGCGGCAAGGUCUCACCAUCGCUGAGCAGUUGGGAAGAAGGGAGGAUGAGGCGAAGAUCCGCCAUCGCCUUGGUCUGUCCCUGUGGGGUAAGGGAGAUCUGGAUGAGUGUCAGCAACAGCUGUACAGGGCCACUGACCUGUUUGAGAGCAUUAGGAGAGAUGGGCAGCUGAACAGCGAGUACAAGAUGUCCCUGUUUGACCUGCAGACUGCCUGUUAUCAGGCUCUACAGCGAGUUCUUGUUUCCUUGAAUCGACAUGAGGAGGCGCUCGUAAUGGCUGAGCGAGCCUGCACUCGAGCUUUCAUCGACUACCUGCUGGAGAGGCAGGCAGGAAGUGAGGGGAUGUUCCGGAACGAUAUAGACCCCGCCCCCAUCACAUGUGACCAGAUCGUCAACACUGUCUCCAAGCAAAAAUCCCUGGUCCUCUACUUCUCCAUAGCAGCUGGUUAUCUGUAUAGCUGGCUCCUGACCCCUGACAAUGGCAUUGUGAAGUUCCAUGAGACAAACAUGUCUGAGCUCGAGACUGACUAUGGAGAACACAGUGACACUCUGAGUAUGAGGAGUGUUAAUUUCGGCUCGUGUUCCGUGCUGGACCAGUAUGUAGGCCAUGUCCGAGAGUCCAUGGGGAUAGAGAGCCACACCCAGAAGAACAACAGCAGCCGUGAGAGUGAGACGGACAGUGAGUCAGACGAUGUCUGGCAGCAGCAUCUGGAGGAGCUGGGUGAUAAACUCAAUGCCGAGAACGACAGGACCGGAUUCCUCCGGAUGGUCAACCGGAACCACAAGCUGAACAGCAGUAACUACAGCCUGAGCAGUAUGUUCAGUCUGUCCACCAGCUUCACCACCAACAGCUUCAACAUGCACAGAAAGUCCAGUCUACGCAUGAAGUCCCAGGCCUCAACCAGGGCUCCUCUCUCUGUGUUAUAUCAAGUGUUGAUCGCUCCAAUGGAGGAAGCCAUCGCCACUGUGUCUGCAGAGUGGGGAAGUGGGCCCAUUGAUCUAGUCCUGGUUUUACAAGGAGAACUGUAUCUCAUUCCUUUCCCGGUGCUUCGAAAGGAACAGAAUCAGGAGUACAUGUUUGAACGUUUUAAUUUGAGCAUCAUGCCGUCCGUAACUGCUCUUGCUAAUGGCCAAAAACGUGACCGUCAUGGCCGACCUGUGAUUGACUCUUCUGGAGCUGUGAUUGUUGGAAGUCCAAAAAUGCCCAUGUCUGUUAGUCAGGGGUGGUGUUUCAAGGAUAUUCCUGGUUCUGAAUAUGAAGCUAGAAUUGUUGGAGAACUUUUGACCAGCCGUCCACUUAUUGGAGCAGAAGCCACAAAAGCUGCUGUCUUGAACCAAAUAGAACAAGUUGAAGUCAUCCAUUUUGCCACUCACUUAUCAUGGAAACUUUCCUCAAUUGUGCUUUCCCCUGGUGACAAUUUGACCACCCAGCACUCUUUCCCUACGAUUGAUUCUGAUGAUAGCUCUAGUGAUAUGGGAGGCUUUGAUGGACCUUCAUUGUCAGAAUAUCUUCUCACAGCAGCAGAUAUUCUUAACCUCAAACUUCAUGCAAAAUUGGUUGUGUUGUCUUCAGGUUAUACUGAUGACCGUGCAGGUCGUAUCAAUUCAGACGGUGUGGUGGGGCUCACAAGAGCCCUUCUUAGUGCAGGCGCCAAGUGUGUUCUCUAUUCUCUCUGGCCAGUUCCUGAUGCUGCAGCCAAGCUUCUGAUGAGGAACUUUUACACUGCCCUCCAGGAGGGUCGUAAAGUGACACAAGCCCUGUCUCAUGGAAUCAAGUCUGUGCAGUCCACCAAACAGUUCUCACACCCAGCCAACUGGGGAGGCUGGAUACUGGUGGGACAUGACAUUAAACUCAGUAGCAAGAUUGCUCUGAUGGGACAUGCCAUCUGUGAGUUGUUGCAGUCCCAGAAUCAGUGUAGAGAGGCCAUGAGAGUUCUCCUUCAUUUGAUUGAGAAGUCUCUACAGAGAAUCCACCAGGGUAUAAAGAAUUCCAUGUACACCACCUGCCAGUCCAUUGAGAACAAGGUAGGAGGGAUUCCAGGCUGGAAGGAUCUGCUCCAGGCUGUAGGAUUCCGGUUCGAGGCAGCAAGGAAUGGGUUGCCACCAGCAGUGUUCUUCCCUCAGACUGACCCUGGGGACCGCCUCACCCAGGCCAGUGCCAGCCUACAGGCUCUGCUAGGUCUACCUCCAAGUUGUGUGACUGCUCUGUCCAAAUUCCUUCCAAAUUACGAAGCUGGCGAAGCUUACAUUCUUGUGAUUAGAGAUAUUCUGAGCAAGAUGGCAGCUAAAGAAUCCAAUAUUGAUGCAAUCAUUUGUGUCAAAAUAUGGCGCAUGACUGGUUGUCAUGAAUUCCUGGCAUCUUUAGGUUUGGACUUGGUAGAAGUUGGAAAAGAUGAAGUCACUCUGAGGUUGGGGAAACAAGCCAACCGUCGCCAGCUGCAGUUUGCCUUACAGUCACUGGUGGCUGUUUUUGACACCCAAGAGGCUCCAAAGUCCCUGUCUGUGGACAGCUCGAGCAGCCUGGAGAGUCUGUCAUCCUCCCACAGUGGCUCUACCUCCACCUCCAACUUCUCCAAGGGAAGCACCCCUCCCCUCUCACCCAGGGGCAGCAGGAAGAAGUCUCUCUUCAAUCCGGCAGAAAUGGAGAAGAUGAGGAUGAAUAAGAUGCAAUUGAUGUAUCAGGGGGGGCUUUCAGGAAGAAAGGUCAGCUCAAGACGAGAGAGAACGGACCCAUCAAUCUACCUCAGUCACCAGAACCGGAUCCGGAACAUGUAUGGACCAUCUGGCACCACCCUUUCUCAUCACUCCCACCAUAACGAUAUUCAUGAACUCCAGGAGAUCAGUGAAAACAGUGAGAGCGAGACAGACGGCCAUACCAGUUCUGGAAACAGCUGGAAAGAAUGCAGAAUGACUGUGUCCACAAACUCUGACAGUGAGUGCAGCACUAUUCCGGAUGCCAGAACUCCGGACCGUGAUAUGUUACACUCCAGUACGGAGCAUUAUAGUUUGUCGGAUGGAUUAAUCACUGGUACCCAAUCUCCAACCAGUCAGGAGUAUACUUAUUCAUAUCCAGGAAAAUCCAGUCGGAGUGUCCGAAGUGUAGGUUCUGAUCACUCUGAACAUGAGGAGUACAAUUUCAGCAGACAAAAUAGUGGAUUUAGUGACGUCAGUGUAAACAGUGGGGAUAUGUCGCGCCGUCCAUCAAACUUUGACAGAUACGACAUCCACAGAAGCUCGGAUGUGUCAAAUAUUAGUAGUGCUUUCGAGGUUGAACCUCAGAAUUCUUUGUCAGAUAGUGGAAGUGAUAUGUUUCAACGGAGUGACGCUCUGAGACAGUCGGACAUGUCUGAUACCAGUGGAAUUAGUGAUGCUAAUGGAUUACCCAAUGAACUUCCAGAAGCAAUGAUCAAUAAGAAUGUGGAGCCUGUGCCAAAUGAAUCUGGAUUUCACUCAGAGGUCACCUCAUCCAACCAGAGUGAUGCCAGUCAGCAGAGUAUUGAUGUGACUAAACUCACUCACAAAGAAUUAGCAAAUCGGAUUAAUGCGGAUGUGCAAAAUCACAGGGAAAAACUGGAACUGUUUCAGAAGGAGAGUCUUGCAACGUCCAGACAAGAAGCUAUGGCUUUAAGGAAAGAAUUUCAUACUAGUUUACAGCAUAUUAGUGGCACUCAACAACAAAUUAAUGGACAUCCUAGUGAUGAUAGAAGUGUUGUUGAAAAACGGUCAUCUUCGGAAGGAAAACGACCACCUCCUAUUCCUCAGAAACCAAAAUCAUUCCAAACCUUCAUGGAGAAUCCUUCACCAAACUCACCUCAAAGUGCCAAUGAGAACAAUACUCAUUCAUUAUCAGCUAAACAGUUUAAUAAUGUGAACUCAAUAGUGUCCAAAAUCAACUCUUUAGCUGCCCCAAAACAGAAACUUCAAACUCCUAAUAUUUCGGCCUUCUCAAGCUCUUCUCCGAGAUCGAAAAACCAUCUUCUGAAAAAUGAUCACAUAGUGGAUAGGCCAUCAAUACAAAGUUUAGCAAAUGGUAGUGUCACUAGAGAUGUUUCCUCUUUCCUCAACUCCAUCCAUUCACAAAACCAGCCCAGGCCAGACAGUAAGAUGAGUGUGAGCUCUUCUGCAUCAUCUAUUGUGACAGUAAUUCAUAAUCCUCAAAAACCUAUGACAAACUCACAAGUGAAUUACAGACCAUCACAAACACCUUCUCCAAUGCAUAAUAGCCAAACUAGUACUCCAGAGAUUCCUGAAUCUCCAGCCAGUGGAGGAGGAAAUGGUCACCCACUUCAUGACAUAAGCUUUAACAGUUCUCAUAGUUCUUUGAGAGGAGCAAGUCCAAAGUCCAUACUGAAUUCUUCACCCAGCUGUUUACGAGAAAUGAAUAGGAAACCUAAAAAGAGAGUGAGUUUCUCUGACUCUGAACCCAGUGAUUUAGAAUCUUCAAGCACACAAAAUUCUAACAGGGCUAGUCCUGUGACCCCAGUGAGUUUUCCUAUAAACCCAGCCGACAGAUAUAUACCAAACAACGUUGGAACAAAACAACCCAUUCGCAUCACAGGAAACCACUUCAAUAAAACCACAAACCAAUAUCUACCCAUGAAAACCUUUGGAAACGGGAGUGUACCAUCAGCAAUGGACAGUCAUUAUAUGAAUGGAACCGUAAGAACUGGGGCUGUUGUCAAUGGUAAUCAAAAACAUAGUGCAAUGGAGCCAAGAAAUAGUGCUCAUCCUACGUAUAAAGCUAACAUGGCUCCAAACAUUGGGAAUCCUAGUGGUCCAGGCACUAGAACUUCCGAUCAGAUCAGACAGCUUUACUAUGGACGCGGUGGUAGAUCUCAGGUUCUCCAGUCAUCAAAGUGCUAAUUCUUCUGUGAUUUCAAUUUCUCAUCUUUUCCGACAGAACUUUGCUUUGUUGGAUUUAUUGGUUUAUUUUUUUUUUCGUGAUAACAUGUUACUAAGUUGCUCACAUUCCUUAUCUUUACUAAAGGUUCCAAAUUUAACCAAAAUUUUGCAUUGAACUUUUUACAUGUCUAAGCAUUUAAUGAGGAGAAUUAUGAAUAUUUCUUUCAUAUCCAUAUUGUUAAUGAACUUGUUUUACUUAUUUAUUAAUGAAAUGCCAAGAAAUAGAUCUGAUUUGUUUAUGCAUUUUGAAGAUUUUUAAAUCAUUGAUUUAUUCAAUGCAUUUUGAUUAUAAAUUAUCACUUCUAUAUCAUUCCAGUUGUUUUCUUACAUAUUGUAUUUAUUUUUAUAAUAUUUUCAUUGUUGUACAUAUAUACGUAUCAUGAUAGUAACUUCUCUUAAAACCCCAUCCUCCUCAUGCUUGUAUAUAAGAUGCUUUUAAUUAGCAAUAUCUCUAUGCAUUUUUAUGUAACGUUUUUUGGGUAGCCCCCGCCAAAGAAGAGGCUCCUAAAUAUACAAAUAAAAUAUCAAAUAUUAA